UUUACUUCGAAAAUUAUAUUCAAAAAUUAUUUUAAAAAUGUAAUCUAAUCAGAUAAUUAUCGAUAUUCAAUUAAAGUGAUUUCUUGUACAAAUAAUAUACUCAACAAAUUCUAUAUAUUAAAUGGUUUGAAUCAUCAAUAUAGAUCCAAAUCAGGCCUAUAAAUGCCCAACACUCCUCUCCCUGUCCAAUUUAAUGAGAACAAGACAGAGAUUAAGAUUUGUUAGUGCAUUAAAAAAGUGAUUCAAUGGGACUAAUUAGUAAUUACCCUUUAAGGGAUGAAAUAAAACUGCAAGAAAUUCAUCCAUAAAUAGAAUAGAAUAUCUCUUUCUCUUUACGAUUUUGCAGUCUCCGGUCAGAUUAAUCUGCAUUCCAAACCAACAACCAAACUACACACACCCAAAGCGCACGCGCCUAUCUACUACCUCAUCAUAAGCGGUUUCCCGAGCUGUUUUUUCCCCGUAAACCACCUCAUUAAACCGCUUUUCCUUCAUAAUCUGCACGUCUACGCCUUCCUCCUCCGAAGAAACUCUCUCUCUCUCUCUCAACAGUUGAAGUCUCUCUAUCUCUAUAGUCUGUCUCUAUAGUUUCAGUCUCUAUAUAGCUCGUUUGGCAAGUUCUACACCGGACUGUAUAACUCUCGAUCUCCAUCUAUAAUUUUGAAUUUUGUUUCUCUCUCUAUAUUUACAUGUCAUAUCUCUAGUCUCUCUCUCUCUCUCUCUCUCUAUAUAUAUAUAUAUAUGUAUUCACUAUAUGUGAUGCGAGUAUUGUCGUCGUGAGAGAGCAUUUUUCUCGAUGGCUUUUCCGAACCACCAGUCUCAGGAAAUGGCGUUCUCUGACCAACACUUAGCCGAGAACACGUCGGUUUUACGAACUAUAUUGCCUGAACAGCUCGGCCAGUCCGCCGGAAAUCCGCAGGAGCAUCACCACCAACCGCCGCAACAACCACCACAACAAGUCGGUGUUGGACCGACAUGGCUUAACAGCGCGAUUCUCCGGCAGCAGAACCAGUACGGUGACGGUAAUUUCCUCAAUUUACACACCAAUUCCGAUUCGACGACCACGUCGCAGCAGCAGCAGCAAGGGUCGAAUCAGUGGCUCUCGAGAUCAAUUCUUCAGCGCAACGAAGUGCAGGUCUCGAACGAUUCGAUGAUGGCUGCUGCGGCGAUAUCGCACGAAUCGGCUGAUUUGAACAACAAUAAAGUGGAGAACAAUGGAGGAGAGAUAACAGGGAGCGAUGUUCGUGGUGGCGAGGGAGUUAUGAAUUGGCAGAGUGCUAGGCUCAAAUCUGAAAUUCUGGCGCAUCCGCUUUACGAGCAGUUGUUAUCGGCUCAUGUUGCGUGCUUGCGUAUCGCAACACCGGUGGAUCAGUUGCCGAGGAUUGACGCUCAGCUCGCUCAAUCGCAGCACGUGGUGGGGAAGUAUUCGGGUCUCGGCCAUGGUAGCAUUGGUGAUGAUAAGGAGCUCGAUCAAUUCAUGAAUACAAGUAACCAUCAAUACGCUUAUGUACUCUUGCUCUGUUCUUUUAAAGAACAACUGCAACAACAUGUUCGUGUGCAUGCAAUGGAAGCAGUAAUGGCUUGCUGGGAGAUUGAGCAAUCCCUACAAAGCUUAACAGGUGUUUCUCCUGGAGAAGGCACAGGGGCAACAAUGUCUGAUGAUGACGAUGACCAAGUAGACAGUGACACAAACUUGUUUGAUGGAAGUUUGGAGGGUGCUGACAUCUUGGGUUUUGGUCCUCUCGUCCCAACAGAGAGUGAAAGAUCCUUGAUGGAGCGUGUGAGGCAAGAGCUGAAGCAUGAACUGAAACAGGGUUACAAGGAGAAAAUCGUUGACAUUAGGGAGGAAAUCUUACGCAAGAGAAGGGCAGGAAAGCUCCCUGGUGAUACCACUUCUAUGUUGAAGGCUUGGUGGCAAUCACAUUCUAAGUGGCCGUACCCAACUGAGGAAGACAAGGCAAGAUUGGUCCAGGAAACAGGGUUGCAAUUGAAACAGAUAAAUAAUUGGUUCAUUAAUCAGAGGAAAAGGAAUUGGCACAGCAAUUCUUCCACUUCUACAGUCUUGAAGAGCAAGCGCAAAAGUAAUGCAGGUGACAACAGCGGUGAUUGUUUCAUGUGAGUGAAGGACAAAUUCGUAACACAAUCAACAAUAUAUUUCUUCAUGCCUCCACUCCAGUGAUAAUCCAGAAUCAGUACAUGUAUCUACAUAACAAAAUAGGACAGUAUAGUGCUGCUUGUGAACAUUACAGCGUGCAAAUGAGAGAAUAGGUACACAGGUAUGUAUGCACAAAGGACUGCAGAUGGUAUACUGUAUGUGCUGUGAUGUCAUUAGGAAGUUCAAUUAUUAGAAUAUAUGACAAAACUGAGUUGGGUAGCAUCAUAUAUUUGCGGUUCAUGAUUUUGUUUACGUUUUACAUAUCUGUGAAUAAGAAUAGAGACGGGUUGUGGGUGUAUAGUGUAAUAAUCUCUUUCAUAGCAAUCAUAAAUUUUCUAGCAGUGUUUAGUAAUGUAGUCUUAAUAGUUGUUGCAUCUGUUGAAUGUAUUUAGUAGUUACAAUAUUUUUCUUCUUUCCCUUUUGGCAUAUUUUGACACUAUUAGAAGUCGUCAAGUGUCCUCUUAGUCCAAUUUUCCUUCAUUGUAACAGUUGUAUUUUUAGUUUGGGAAAAAAUUGAGGCAUCAUGUCUGA